CCUGGAAUUUCUUCCUAGCUCUUGCAGGAUGGACUCCUUGCCUUUCCUUGUCCUUAGAGCUCCCCUGGUGGUGUUAGGUCAUAUUUAGCCCCGAUUUUGGAGAUGCGGCCCAUCUUAACCUGGAGCCCUUUCUCAGACUCUGCUCCAUUCAUGACUCAGGCAUUCACCAAGUAGUAAAGUGUGACUAUAAUUAGUACAAUUAACAUACAAAUAUAGGACAUUCAUGCUUAUGUGCCCAGUGAUUCCCAAGGCCUGAAAAAUUGAAGGAAGGCUUUCAGGAGAGAGCUCUUUUCAGAGUUGCCUGAGCUGCCUCUGAUGGACUUGGCAAGUUGAAGAACUGAGAGAAAGUCUUCCAGUGGGAGUGUGACAGCAAGUCUAGUACAUAUCAGAGACUGGGUGACUGGGAAGGCUGUCCCUCACUAUUUGGAAAGCUUGGAACAGCCAGUGGCCUUUGGUCAUCAGUUUUCUCUGUGUAGAGGUGAGGAUGCAGACCUGCUGUCUGCUUGGGACUCACGGAUACGUUUAGUUUGGCCAGCCCCAUGCUUUAUAUUUACAUGAGUUUUCCACACCUGAAAACUGGAAGAUUGUGCCUGAAGGUCUGGAUUGCCAACCUCUUUGAGAACAGAUUGCUUACCACUCUCCAGAGCCCACCCUUUUGGUGGAUGACAAGUAGCUGAAGCCAAACAGUGUCUCCACGGUGCAGUCGUGCCUUCACCCCCGACCAUGGCUGAAGAGUCUGCCUCACUCAUUUUCCUGGCCUGUGAAGGUUUUGCCUUCACCUGCUCUGAGCCAGAUUCAGCCAGAAUCUACAAAGAUUUUCUCAUCCUUAAGACUAGGCAGCAUGUGAACUUGACAUAAUUGGAUAAAGUUAACAUUUACUAACCACCUAAAUAGAUACCAGGUAAGACACUUUUGUGCCUAUUAUAUCAAUUACACAAAAUACUGUCAUUCAGUUUUUCAGUGCCUGUCAUAUCAAGUGUAGAAUUUCUUUGCAGAAAAUCUCAACUUGAUCUUAAUACUGGGUUCAUAUGGUGGACAUUUGCCUGUUAAUGUACAAAUUAAAAAUGACUGACGUCAUCAGAACCAUUGAGAACUGUGUGUCUCUCCUUUGCCAAAUCUUGUAUACCUUUAAGAGAACAUGUUUAUUUAGUGCAUGCAGUUCAGAGUGUUCCUUAAGGUAAACACUAAGAAAAUACUAAAAGAAAAACUGAAAAGAGAAGAAAGAAAUAAGUGUGACACUACAAAAAAAAUCAGUAAAUAUAAAAAAAGGCAAGAAUGGAGGAACAAAAGACACAGACAACAAACAACUAAAUGGUAUAAGCAUUAAUGGCCUUCAGGGAUGUGGCUGUGGCCUUCACCCAGAAGGAGUGGAGGCUACUGAGUCCUGCUCAGAGGACCCUGUAUCGGGAUGUGAUGCUGGAGAACUACAGCCACUUGGUGUCGCUGGGAAUUGCCUUUUCCAAACCCAAACUCAUCACCCAGCUGGAGCAAGGGGAUGAGCCCUGGAGAGAGGAGAGCGAAUGUCUUCUGGACCUUUGUCCAGCAGGACCAGGAACAGAAUUCCAGCCCUGUGUCCAUUCCUGCCCGGUGGCCUUUUCCAGUCCACAGUUCCUUCAACAGUACGUGCUGUGCGGUCACCUUCCUCAGAUCUUCCCAAGCUCAUAUGCAGGAAGCCCCAUCUCAACGGAAGCUCCAAGCUGCUCAAGUGAACAAGGAGAUGAGGAAGAGAUAGAAGGGAGACUUGAGCUGAGUGGGGUUUCCGGGGUGCUCUUCAGAUCCUCUCAGGGUCGCCCAGUAGACUGGGUAGAAGGCAAAAGAGCUGGGGGAGUAGACCAGGGGAUGUGUCCUGAAGAAACAGACCUUUCAGCAUCUGGAGCAGCCAUGUGUGGGAAAUACAGACUGGGACUUGGUCCCAAAUCCAGUCUCUUAAGCCUCCAGAAACAUCACGUAUGUCCUGAAUGUGGCAGAGGCUUCUGCCAGAGGUCAGACCUCACCAAGCACCAAAGGACACACUCAGGAGAAAAGCCUUACAGCUGUAGGGAGUGCGGGCGAGGCUUUGGCCGCAAGUCCUCCCUCACCAUCCACCAGAGGAAACACUCAGGGGAGAAGCCUUAUGUGUGUCGGGAGUGUGGCCGCCACUUCAGGUACACGUCCUCACUUACCAACCACAAGAGGAUACACUCUGGGGAGAGGCCCUUCGAAUGUCAGGAAUGUGGGCGAGGCUUUCGCCAAAAGAUCGCCCUGAUCCUGCACCAGAGGACACACUUGGAGGAGAAGCCCUUUGUGUGUCCCGAGUGUGGGAGAGGCUUUUGCCAGAAGGCAUCGCUCCUCCAACACCGAAGCUCACAUUCGAGUGAAAGACCCUUCUUGUGCCUUGAGUGUGGGCGUGGUUUCAGGCAGCAGGCACUGCUCCUCAGUCACCAAGUCACACACUCAGGGGAGAAGCCUUAUAUCUGUGCUGAAUGUGGGCAUGGCUUUCGCCAGAAGGUCACCCUCGUCAGACACCAGAGGACACACACAGGGGAGAAGCCUUACCUGUGCCCUGAGUGUGGCCGCGGCUUUAGCCAGAAGGUCUCCCUCAUGGGACACCAGAGGACACAUACAGGGGAGAGGCCUUACCUGUGCCCUGAGUGUGGGCGUGGCUUUGGCCAGAAGGUUACCCUCAUCAGACACCAGAGGACACAUACAGGGGAGAAGCCUUACCUGUGCCCGGAGUGUGGACGUACCUUUGGCUUCAAGUCGCUUCUCACCAGACACCAGAGGACACACUCAGGGGAGGCGACUGAUGUGUACAGAGUGUGUGAGCAAGGACUGGGCCAGAAGUCUCACUUCACCUCUGACCAGAGGACACACUCAGGGGAGAAGCCGUGCGUGUGCAGUGAGUGUGGGCGUGGCUUCGGCUUCAGGUCGGCCCUCAUCAGACACCAGCGCACCCACUCAGGAGAGAAGCCGUAUGUGUGCAGGGAGUGUGGCCGAGGCUUCAGCCAGAAGUCUCACCUCCACAGACAUAGGAGGACCAAGUCUGGCCAUCGCCUCCCACCUCAGGAGCUGCUCUCCUGACCUUUCCUUUCCUCACGGUUGUGAAGAUGGCAGAAAGCACUAGGAAAUGUUCCACUUUCUUCAAAUGCAGUGGAGGGAAAAAAAGUGUUUUCAAUGAUUGUAAGAUCACUAAUUUAUGGUUUAUUUUCUGUACUAGCGAUGGCUUUGAUUUGCUAAAGCUGCCAUUAAAAAAACGCCACAAACUUGA